AAAUGCCACGAAUAAUAUUUCAUGUUUCAUUUCGAACAGUUCUCAUUGAUAAUAGAUCUGGUAUAAUCAAGUAUUAAGCACACAAAAUAUCAUCACAUCUUGCGUUGCUAUUUUUAAAGUUUUGGUUUUUGUUGAAUAUAUCUGUGUUUUUGUCUGCCGCGCUAUCAGUGCACGUAAAUUUGAUAAGAAAUUUUAACAAUGACUCGAAUAAUGCUUCUCUCAACGGUGAUGUGUAUUCUAGUACAGUUGCAAAAUCGUGUUACUGCUGAAGAGGUGACCUGUCCUGCAAUGGCUGACUUGCAAAAAGCAUUUACCGAGUUCGGAGUUGUUCCAGACGUCGUCAACGAUGCCCCGACAGAAAUAGCUAAUAUCACAUAUCCCAGCGGGGUAUCCGUACUCGUCGGAAACGAACUAACUCCCACACAGGUAAAGGAUCAACCUAAAAUCGAAUGGUCAUCCGAUGCCGACUCCUACUACACACUGUUCAUGGUGGACCCGGAUGCUCCCAGCAGAGCAACGCCAAAGUUCCGAUCAGUUUGCCACUGGUUCGUAGGGAAUAUUCCCGGCAGUAAGAUCGAGGACGGAGAUCAUCGGAUUGCAUUCGUCGGUUCUGGACCGCCCGAAGGAAGUGGACUCCAUCGGUAUGUGUUUCUGAUCUACAAGCAGAACGGGAAAAUCGAUCUAUCCGAUGCGCCACAAACAUCGAAUCGAAGCAGAAAUAAUCGCCUGAACUUCCAGCAUAAGGAUUUCGUUGGCAAGUACGAACUGGGUGAAUUAGUUGCGGGGAAUUUCUAUCAAGCUCAGUUUGAUCAGUACGUUCCGACGCUACAUGCUCAGCUUUCGUCAGGUUCAGAAUAAAGUUCUGAGAAUUUUAACAUUUGCGAAAUCUUCACAUUCCAGUAUACUACAACGUCAAAUAUCUUCACCUUUUA